GAGACCACCUAAACGAUCGUAGCACGGUAGGUGGUCUGCAGGUCGGCAGGAAGCUGCGGAAGCUUACGACUUUCGGGCGCGAAAUCGGCAAACCCUUGGAAGAACAUUCAGGGACGAUCCUGAAGACGGGCGGUGGUGUUCCCUAUGAAAAAUCGCACGUGCGACAAUUUGGUGACGUUUCUUGUGACGAGCAGAUCUGCGGGGAAUGUCUAAAUUGUCAGUGCGAGUGCGUGGGAAGAAUAAUAAGGAAACUUGAAGAAAGACUUGAGAAGAACCUUAAAUUAGUAACAGCGCUGUUUUUUUUACAUACUCAGAGACGAUAGUCGUGACAGCCUGGACACUCGUAAAAACCGUGAAUAUUUCAGAUGUUAAUGUAAUUGCAAAGUGCAAUUAGGGAACUUUUUCUAGAAUAUAUUUAAGACACGUGAAUUUCCUUAUAGUGAUUACUAUAAGAAUUGCAGACGAUAAUCGUGAUAACCUGGACAAUCGCUGUAAUGAACAAAUCUGAGGGAGGACGAUUAAAGUGUCAGUUGCAAAAUGCAAUCUGGCAACUGAAAGAUGGCAUCCUCAAAAUGUUUUAGAAAUAAGUAAAUUCUAAUGGAAAGAAUGGCCAAAUGCAAUCGUAAUAUUUAAAAUCAGAUGUCUUCGUUGAAAAAACCGUUUAUGUUCGCGAAAAUAGAAUAUAAUUUAGAGUGCCAUCAUUUUCAUCUAAUAAACGAAAAAGUAUAUAUAAUUAUAACAGCGUUCACGUAAUUACAAAUUAUUUCUCAAUAGAAGUUUCUGGAAAAUCUUAUGCAAACAUUUCUUGCAAUGAAAAAGUAAACGAAAUUACGCGUUAAACCUAAUGAUGCGUGAAACAAACAGCAAUGUAAAAUCAGCAAUGGGAUAAUGACAAAGAAGAUUUCAAGUCAAUGUAACUAAUUGAUGCCCAGUAUAAACUAAUGCGUUGCAAUUUCUAUCACUGUUCUUCCGCAAUUACAAGAAAGUGAAUUAAAGAUUUGUUAAAUGUAGAGGGAUUUUAUAAUCAAGAAAGGAUAAAAAUAUGAAGACGCAUAAUAAGAAGAUAUUAUUCUCUUCGUCGUAAUAUCAUAAGUAGCAUCGUUGGACACGAAUCGAAGCAUUUCGAGGCGUAAGCGCCAAGUGUUAACAAGUGUUUGGACAAAUCUCGACACGUGCCUGGAGUGGUUCGCCAAGACACGUGUCGCUGUUUAGAAAUAUUAUCCUGCACGCGCCUAGGUGGCACGUGUCGAUCGUAUCUCUCCCGAUCCUCGAGACGUGCUCGAGGACGCCGUAGGCGCGAUCGAAAAUUCCGGCAAACGAUGCGAUCGUUCGACGCAUCGUCCACGAGGAUUUGGAAUUCAGUUGCCAGCAUCGUCCGAUAAUUAAAUGAUUAUCGCUCAAGGCGUUUAAAACGAAGAAUUAAAUGGCGUGAGAUACAGGACAGUCUCGUCGUUCUACUUCUAGUCACAUGAUCUAGUCAUAUUUUUCGUUAAUUAGUGAUCGAUCUUCAGAUCUAAUAAGCGACAUUAAGGAAACUAGAUUGUAAUUAACAACCGGGAGACCCCUAAUCAUCAAAUCUGGGUGAUUAUUGCGCGAACUGGACACCGGACACCGCCAUCAUGUAUUCGAUGGACAAUCUCGAGCGGGAUAUGAUGAAUCGGCAUUACAUAUACGAGGCGCACAGCUUCCUCGGCAACCCGGCGAUUCCGGGUUUGCCGCCGCACUGCGGGGUACCGACCACGGCGACGCUUCCGGCGGUGAUCCCGUCGCAGAUCCCGUCGUCCCAUCAUCCGUCCGGUAGCACCGGUAGCACCAGCGGCAGCGAGCAUUAUCUCUACGACGAAAACAGCAGUGACAAUGAGAGCGUCUACAGCAGCGAUCAGGAGAAUCACGCGAGAGAACGAAGUCGGAGUAAUCGGCGCGGCGGGGCACCGGGAAAAUGUCCGAGACAAGUGCAGGUACAGCAACGGCAGGCGGCGAACAUGAGAGAGCGAAGACGUAUGCAGAAUAUAAACGACGCCUUCGAGGGCUUGAGGGCCCACAUACCGACCUUGCCGUACGAGAAGAGACUGUCGAAAGUCGACACGCUAAAGCUGGCGAUCGGUUACAUAAACUUCCUCAACGAGCUCGUCAGGGCGGACAAGGGUAACGACUCUUUGACGGGCAAUAGCGGUCUCUCGAGGUGCUCCAGCCGGGACGAAUCUAAGAAGGUCAUAGUCCGUGGCAGCGGUGGGAAUCCAUUCAUCUCACACUCGCUCUCGUGGUCGAGAAAAUCGGAUAUCUCGCCGAAUGGCACGAUGUAUGCGAAAGUCUGGACGCCGGAAGAUCCGCGAACAUCGAAAAACGGGACGACGUUCGAGUAGACGGCGAAUUUGACUUCAUUCUUAUAAGGAAAGGAAGGAUCGGAUGCGUCGCACGGUCCGCGAGGAUGUUUCUCAUCAGGGUGUUAUUUAGUGUUUAAGGGAAAGCGUGUCUAGUCACACUGGUCCUCGUAUAAUGCGAUUUGUACCUUACGAUCAUCGAAAGUCUCCGAUUUUUCGGGCGACGGGGAUGGUCACCGAUAUUUAUACAUCUCUUGCGACUUCGUCGAGAAGGCGUUACAGCUUGAAUUGAAUUAGCCAUUGUAAGAUAUACGCGCGUAAAAAUUUGAGUUACGGGAAUUUUUUAUUUAAAAGUGGAAACAUCAUUCUAGUUUAUUACUUUUUUUUAAAUAGAUUACAAAUGCAGUCUGAGUGUCUUCGACAGAAUUUUGAGAGACUACCAAACAUGUUUUAGAAAAAGAAUAAUGUUUUCUUGAUUUAUUUCUGGAGCGAUUGCUCGCGUUUAUUUUGCGAUGGUCGAUUCAGCUUAAUUCUUGCCGUUUUGCGUUAUGCAGAUCUAUGCGUUUGUAUCUACGAGAUGUUUUUACAAACGUUCUGUGGAACGUGCUUUGUAAAUAGGAAUUAUCAAAAUAGGCGAAUUACAAUGAGAUAAGCACCGUUUAUACAUAAUUAGUGCGACGUAAGAGAGAUGAUGCAUAGCGAGCAUCAUUACUGCUACUGUGAAUAACAAAGCCAAAUAAAUGUAGUUCCGAGAA